GCUUUUCAGAGACAAAUUAUGAUACACAUUUUUUCUAAUCAUCUUUACAGUUUAAACUAGGUAACUUUUUAUUCAUAUAAAAAUGUCAGCGGUUUUUCUUUUGUUGAAAUGUGUUGGUUAAUCUUUCCGUAAAAUAUGAAUAGCAUAAAACGAAAAGGAACACAUACAAUGACCUGGUUUUCUCGAUUACUGUGUUAAAAUCCUUUUAAAAAAUCAAUGUUGAAAAUUGAACCAGAGCCGAAAGAUCAAAACUCACUUUGAGUCGGUGAGUAUUGGGGGCAUGUAAUAGAGUAGAUGAGUGCGAUGUGACACAUUUUUGGCAUGGGACAUAAUGGGACAUACUCAUCUUCUUCUUCUUCUUCUAUAUCUUAAGGGCCCACGAUCAAUUUAUUGAUCAUUUUGGCUCCUAUGCAUGUAGAUGGGAUUUGCAAUGUUUCUGUUACUGGUGGUGAUGAGGAAAUUAUGCACUAGGGGUUUGAAGGCUUGAGGCAAUAGACACAAAUGUGUCUAGUGUUGUCGCCUCAACUGUUCCUUUUGAAAGAUGGUUCCAGUCCCUGAUUGUCUUGGGCAGGAAUGAGCAGCUUCUAUACUGGCUUCUUGCUGGUAUGAGCCUGAAUUGCCUGUCAUGGCCUCGUCGCUGUCUAUGGGGGAGAGGGACGAGUUUCUGUUUAAUACUCAUUAUUUGGGAUAUUACGGGACACAAUCAUGGGAUGAAACAUUACAGGACACACUCAUGUCGUGGGACAUACGGGACAAACUCAUGGCAUGGGACAUUACGGGGCACACUCAUGACAUAUGACAUUACGUCAUAAAUUCAUGGCAUAUGACACAAUCAUGGCAUAGAUCGCAACGUUGUGACAUAGGGCACAAUCAUAACUUAAGACACAAUCAUGGCAGAGGUCACAAUCAGGUUAAAGGAUGCAUCAUAACAUAAGACACAAUCCUGCCACGUUUAUGGUAUAGGACCCAGCCGUUUCUUAUGACACAUCUACGACAUAGGAAACGAUCAUGGCGAUGGACACAAACAUAACAUAAGACACAAUCCUGCCACAGGACGCAUUCAUGGCUUAGGACACAAACAGGACACAGUCACAACAUGGGACAAAAUCCCGGCAAUCGGCACAGUCAUAACAUUAGAGACGAUCGUGGCACAGUAUAGUAAAUGAGUGUGCGUGGACACAUUUAUGGCCUGAGACACAAUCGGUUACAUAACAUAGCGACUAGAGCAUGCGUGGACACAUUUAUGGCCUGAGACACAAUCGGUUUACAUAACAUAGCGACUAGAGCAUGCGGGGACACAUCACGUACGGCCUGAGACACAAUCGGUUUACAUAACAUAGCGACUAGAGCAUGCGGGGACACAUUAAUGGCCUGAGACACAAUUGGUUGACAUAACAUAGCGACUAGAGCAUGCGGGGACACAUCACGUACGGCCUGAGACACAAUCGGUUUACAUAACAUAGCGGCUAGAGCAUGCGGGGACACAUUAAUGGCCUGAGACACAAUCGGUUGACAUAACAUAGCGACUAGAGCAUGCGGGGACACAUUAAUGACCUGAGACACAAUCGGUUUACAUAAUAUAGCGACUAGAGCAUGCGGGGACACAUUAAUGGCCUGAGACACAAUCGGUUGACAUAACAUAGCGACUAGAGCAUGCGGGGACACAUUAAUGGCCUGAGACACAAUCGGUUGACAUAACAUAGUGACUAGAGCAUGCGGGGACACAUGUAUGGCCUGAGACACAAUCGGUUGACAUAACAUAGCGAUUAGAGCAGGGGUCGGGAACAUUUUAGUCUGAGAGAGCCAUGGACACCACAUAUUUUGAAAAGUAAAUCUCUGAGAGCCGUACAUUAAGUUUAAAAUUAAGCAUUCAAGUAAAAUCUGUGCAUUUUGUGUCAUUUCAACACUAAAAAUGCAAUAAUUAUGCCUCUGAAAUCCUUUUAUUAAAAUUGUUAUGUUGUUGCUAAUCAAUAAUGAGUAUUUCUUACCAUUUAUGCGACUUUUUUUUAUACAAUCGAACAUUUAUCUGCGAGCCAGAUGCAGCCAUCAAUAGAGCCACAUCUGGCUCGCGAGCCAUAGGUUCCCGACCCCUGUCUGCGAGCCAGAUGCAGCCAUCAAUAGAGCCACAUCUGGCUCGCGAGCCAUAGGUUCCCGACCCCUGGACUAGAGGAACUUUUUUUAUUUAUUGGGGGGGGGGGACGACGACACUAUUUUGAAGCUAAAAAUGAGACCACGAUAGUCAUGUGUGAAACAAACAUGUCAUGGGACAAGCUAUCUCAUGACAUGAUGUGCUCGAUACUUGCUGGGAAAAAGUUGAAAGUACAGUAAAUGACCGUUCCACGAGAGUGUGUUACAUCCAAUGCUCAACACAUCUCAUGGAAACGUAACAGGUUGCCCUCAUCAAUAUUAUGUCUUGUUUGUAUCCGAUAUUCAUUGUAGCAAAAAAUAUAUGUUUGAGAACUGUCUGGAUAAUGGAAAAGAAUGAGAGCGAGAGAGAGAGAGAGAGAGAGAGAGAGAGAGAAAUAAAUAGAGAGAGAAAGUGGGGGAGUACAUUAUUUCAAACACUAAUUUUGAUUAAAGCAAGGUUCUUAAAAUUGUGUUUGCUGUGGCGUUGCUAGGGUUGGUGUCAUCCAGUGCGGUUCGCACCGCACCGCACUGCUGCUUGUUUAAGUUUUUUUUUUUUUUUAUCGCGUGCACGGCAAAUAAGGUUUUCAGCGUGUUAAAAAAAAAAAAAAAAAAAAUUUAAAUGGAUUAAAAGAAAAGAAAUAAGAAAGAAAGAUUUAUUGUACAGGAAUGCUCAUCACAAGACACACGAUUUGAUAUCUCAAAAAAAAAAAUAAUUUAAAAAUCAAAUCAACUAUCCUCCAAAAAAAUCUAGGUCAUAGCCAUGUCUGGAACCACGAUACCGAGGGACUGCCAGGUGUUCCAGAUUUACAUAGCGGCCAGCUCCGGGGAAGAGGACAAGGUCUGGGAGAUCCAGUGCCAGACUGGCGUGUCCCUGGACAUGAAGGACAACAAGGGGAGAAACGCCAUGUCCAUCGCACGGGAGUACCAGGAUCAGAGGGCGAUCAGGACGUUGGAGAAGCUGGACGUAAGGUAGGGCGUAAAUGGGGAGUAAGUUUUCAUCAUGCGGUAUGUAAUGGGAUGUUUUAUGUAAUGGGAUUUGGCAUGUAAUGGGGUUUGGUAUGUAAUGGGGUUUGGUAUGCAAUGGGAUGCUGUUUGUAAUGGGAUGUUGUAUAUAAUGGGAUAUGAUAUAUAUCAGGAUCUGUUAUGAAAUGGGAUGUUGUAUUAAUGGGAUGUUGUAUGUAUCAGGAUCUGGUAUGUAAUGGGAUGUUGUAUGUAAUGGGAUGUUGUAUGUAAUUGGAUGUUGUAUUAAUGGGAUGUUGUAUGUAUCAGGAUCUGGUAUGUAAUGGGAUGUUGUAUGUAAUGGGAUGUUGUAUGUAAUGUGAUCUUAUAUGUAAUGAGAUGUUGUAAGUAUCAGGAUCUGGUAUUUAAUGGGAUGCUGGCAUGGGUGCCCGAAGAAAACUUUCUAGGGGGGGGGGGGGGCAACAAAAAUAGAUAAACUUUCCGGGGGGGGGGGCAACAUUUUUUUAUGGUCUAUUUUUGUCUAAAAAUUUUUUAUCCAAUCAAUCCGGGGGGGGGGGGGCAAGUGCCCCCCUUGCCCCCCUCUGCGGGCGCCCAUAAAUGCUGGAUGUAAUGGGAUGUUCUAUGUAAUGGGAUGUGAUAUGUAACGGGAUGUGUCAUGUAAUGGGGAGUGAUAUUUAUCAGGAUCUGGUAUGCAUCACAAUGUUAAAUGUACAAAAAUGUGACAUAUUGGGAUGUUAUAUGUUUUAGGUUGUGGCAUGUAGGAAUAUGGUAUGUAUGACGAUGUGAUAUGUCACGGGAUGUGGUAUAUAUCAGGAUGUGGCAUUGUGGGAAGUGGGCUGUAUCAGGAUGUUACCUGUCACGACAUAGAACACAAUAAUAACAUAGGACACAAUCAUACCAAUGGGCACAAUCAUAACAUAAGACACAAUCAGGCCAAUGGACACACUUAUGCAAUUGGACGCAUUCAUAACAUACGACGCAAUCAUAACAUAAGACACAAUCAUAACAUAAGACCCAAUCAUAGCAUAGGACACAAUCAUAGCAUAGGACACAGUCAUAGCAUAGAACACAGUCAUAGCAUAGGAUACAAUCAUAGCAUAGGACACAAUCAUAGCAUAGGACACAGUCAUAGCAUAGGACACAGUCAUGACAUAUGACGCAAUCUUGGGCUGCAUUGGGAUGUGGCAUGUUUUCAGUGCUGACAUUUCGAUAGGUUGAAUCUAUUAGGUCUUGACUGUCAUUUAAUGUAUGGGGUGUGGCUUUUAAGGUAUGAGGCGUGGCUUUUAAGGUAUGUGUUGUGGCUUUUAAUGUAUGUGGAUGUGAUUUAAAUGUAUGGGGGUGUGAUUGUUAAUGUAAUGGGUUGUGGCUUUUAAUGUAGGGGGUGUGGAUAUUGAUGUCCUCUCUGAAUUUCCCUCACGUUUUUAGAUUAAAGACAAUUCAUUAACACAUUUUUAUAUAAAGUUUUUUUAGCAACGUCACUUGUAAUCCUUUCAGAGCCACUUCAGUCACCGAUGCUGACGCUUACACAAGUGCCCCUCCAGAUGAAACGGCGGAGGGCCCGUCUCCGUCAGAGGAUGACGCAUCCGAUGCAAGCGUCACGUCCGCCGACAACGACCUCCUGCCGGUGCUUCAGGUCUACAACGCUGCCGCCUUCGGAUCGGUUGAUUUUCUACUCAACGUGAUCGAUGCGAUCGGAGCUUCGGUGGACUACACGAACGGGGAAGGAAUCAACGCGGCGAGGAUGGCCACGCUGAAAGGCGAUGUCGUCGCACUGAGUUGUCUGCUGGAUGCCGGUGCCGACGUCGACGAGGACGUUAUAGAACUGGCCGUAGAAAACGAUCAGAUGGAAUGCUUGUCACUUCUCAGCGAACACAUUCUGAUUUGAAUAAGCUGGGGUCUUACUCUAGCUCAGUGGCUCUCGACAAUCCUGAUUCCGUUACCCUUUAUAACAGUUCCUCAUGUUGUGGUGACCCCCAACUAUAAUAUUAUUUUCGUUGCUAAUUCAUAAAUAUGUUUUCUUAUGGUCUUAGCGACCCCUCUGCAACGGUUCGUUUGACCCCCCUCAAAGGGCUCGCGACACACAAGUUGAGAGCCACUGCUCUAGCUAGUCCAGGGGUUGGCAAACGAUUUUGAACGAUGAAAUAUUCCAUAAUUUAUAUCUGCUAAGAAGAUAUUGAAGGGCCCAAAGAGAUGAGAACAAGACAUUGAAGGGCCCAAAGGGAUGAGAAGAAGAUAUUGAAGGGCCCAAAGGGAUGAGAAGAAGAUAUUGAAGGGCCCAAAGGGAUGAGUGACUUGUUGAACAGUCAAACUAGAUACGUGUAAUACAUGGCUAAUCCCAGAUUGUUUCGUAGUUAACGAAAUUGUCAAACAGCUUUGCAGUCCUGACAUCAAUGUCAAUAUGACCGAUACGUACUUGAUACAAUGUCUCAUUCCCAGAUGAUUUCCAAUGACUUCAUAAUAAUAAUAUUCGAUCAAUUGACAGCUUGAAAUCAGUCACAAAAUGCCCUCUCUUCUAUUUCCGCCUUAUCACUCUUUAGAUCUCUGUGUUCUUGUUCCAACUCGAAAUAGUCCCUUUUCUCUACUGUUAAUAUGUAUCAUAUAUCAUUAGGUUACAGUUAGCAAAAUUAGCAAAAGAGAAGAGCAAUGUUUCAUUUCGUGGUUGUCGUCGUUUCCCCCCCCCCCCACAUAUCUUCUUCUUCUUUUAUGUUUCGAGGGGGUCCGCGAUCAAAGUAUUGAUCAUUCUGGCUCUUAUAAUUACAUAUUAUAUUUACCUUAGCUAAAGCCCACUUAAAAAUAUAACACAGUUGGUGUUAACCGCCUGCCAGAUACCAAAAGAUGUCUUAGUCCCUGGAAUUUUUUCUUUCCCAACACUCGUACAUUUUAUUUGUACACAAGAGUAAUGAAAACUAUCAAAUAUGGCGAAAGGCGAGGGGGGGGGGGACGCAACCACCAUGCUGUGAGUGUAAAUGAAUCCAGAAGGCGAUCCAUGUAUCCACCACUUACCAUGUUCUGUAGGUGUCAGCAUCCUGUUCAUGAUCCAAUCGGGAAUACUAGUUAUAGAUUGAAUACUCUUAAAAAGUGGUUCUCAACCUUCCAAAUGUCGCGACCCUUUCAUACAGUUCCUUAUGUUGUGGUGACCCCCAACCAUACAAUUAUUUUCGUUUCUACGUCAUAAAUAUGUGUUUUCCGAUGGUCAUAAGUGACCCCUGUGUAAGGUUCGUUCGACCCCAAAUGGUGUCGUGACCCACAGGCUGAGAACCGCUGAUCUAAAUUUAUGAAAUCGAGCUAAACAAUGUAAAAUUGUUGCAGCUCAAACAGCAUUAUAAAAGGAUAUUUAAUAGUUAAAUACCUGAGUGAAUUGGAGGUCCAGGCCGAAUGCCCAGCCUGAGUGGCCCGGCUGAAUGCACCGGCUAAAUGUACCGGCUGAGUGCCCCGCCUGAGUGGCCCACUGGGUGCCCCCGGCUGAAAUCACCGGCAUAGUGCCCCGCGUAAGUGCCCCGGCUGAGUGCUCCACCUGAGUGCCGCAGCUGAAUGCCCCAUCUUAUUGUCCCGGUAGACCUCUGUCACGUGGCCUUUUUUGUGUGUACCGGCCUCCCCCAACCUCGCCUUUCCUUAUACGGUGUCAACUAUCGUCCAUUAGGUCAUCGUGUGAAUUCACAUUUACCACUGUUAUCUUCUUUCAUAAUAUCAUGGUAAUGCCUCAAACAUAGAGCUUUAACUAUUUCGUGUUUGUUUUUUUUUUAACCGCGAAAAAAUAUCGUCAUUGCUCUAAUAAAUUAUAUAUUACUUAAUUAUGAUUAUUUAAUCAUGUUUAUUGUUUUUUUUAUCUCAAAUUAGUCAUUCUUAUAAUAUUUUUUGUUGCUUUUUUGAGUGAUAUUAAUAUUUAUAAAAAAUUGCAUUUCGUACAU